AUGGUCGGAACUCUUUUCCUUCAUCAAACAUUCCCCCCCGCAACACCCCGCCAAGCUCCUCCGCUACCAGACCAAUGUGCGUCCGAACAAAACUCUCCCUUGACUCCGACUUCUCCCCCUCCUGAGGGAGCCGCCCCCCCUCCCUCAACGGCCAACGAGGGUCGCGUCGACAGCCCCCCGCCCCCCUACUCUCCCCCUCGCUCUCCCCCUCCGGCCGACUCGGCCAUGGACGGUAUUGCCCUGCUGCUGGCGGCAGCCAGCAUUGCCGGCCCCCCGUCUCCACCGCCGCCGCCUCCGCCGCCUCCUCCGCGCUCCCCCGCCCCGGCCCUGCCCUCUCCUCCCCCGCCCAAAAGGGCCAAGCACAAAAAGCGGGCCCUGUGCCCGAAGGGGUGUCGCGGCCUGGAGCACCAGGGGGAAUGCCGCUACUAUUGCAAGCUAUGCCGAUGCCGGCAUGAGGGGAGAUGCCCGGGUGGCCGCAGCCGCCGCGGUGGUGGUGGUGGUGGUGGUCGGCGGGCUCAGCGCGGGGGAAGGGCCGUUGAGUGGGUUUGUUAA